AAAACACAUGAAGAAAUCCAGGGCCAUCGGAUACAUAACGGGCAGAUGCUCAUGGCCCCGGUCCAAGAAACAGGUGAAAGACAGCUGCCUCAUAAAUGUCAGACUGGAGCACCAGAGUGCAAAGGAUGGCAAGACUGUCCAGGUGACAUGCAACGACAGGGCUCCUACGGUCAUUCGCAGGGCCCUGGAACAUCACUUCCUGAUGGAGGAGAAGCCACAAGACUAUGAACUGGGACAAAUCAUCUCCCAACAGCACAAAAUGAAGAUUCCAAAGAAUGCCAACGUCUUUUAUGCGAUGAAGCCACAUGUCAGGAGAGACUUCAUCCUGAGAAAGAGGACCUAUCCUCAGGAUGAAAAGGAUGACUGGAUCCCUCCCCAACCUCCCUCUUAUGAGGCAACUCAGGUGCGACAUCACCGCUGGAACCUGUGGACAAGAAUCUGCUCCUGUCUCUCUGGGCAGUGCUAAAGCAUUGCAUCAUGGAUGAUUAAUGA